CUUUAACCACAAACCUAUUGCUACUAAAAAUUCAAUUAUUUCGAAUUGAAAUUAUAAAUUAUAAUGUUUUCAGUAGUUCAAUAAGAAAAAAAACAAUGUCAAAAACUGCUCCAUUGCCUAUUUUUACAUUGCAAUGUGAAAAAUACAUAGCACAAUGUAUGCUAUUUAAUUUAGACUUUCAUAUUCUGUAUGCUGGUACCCAGACUGGCGAAAUACUCAUCUAUGACCUAGAGGUAAUAUUUUUUGCUAAAAAAAAUUGACUAUUCAAUUAAAUACCUAACCUAUUAAAGAGAGUGUUAAAGAUUAUUUAUUCGAACAAUUUUUAUAGUAUGAUAAUUUAAUUAAAUUUUAUUAGGUAAUCUAUAUUUUAAAUAUCUUUAAUUUUAAUAUUUUUGUUAAAAAUGAUUAUGUUUUGUGUUUUGUUUUCAGUCAAACCGGUUAAAAAAUGUAAAAAAAGCUAAUACGUUAUGCAUAUUAUCCCUUGAAUUAUUUAAGAGUCCAAAUCGAUUGGUAUCACAAAACAAGACUGGUGAAGUACAAUUUUGGCAAAUAGAUGGUUUUGAACUUGUGCUUUGUUAUACUUUAUCAACCAAUGAGAUUGGAUUUUGUAAACUAGCCUCAUACAAAACAAACAUGAUAUUGUGUAAAGGUGAUAAAUCUACAGUGAGUUGUUUUUCAACUAUUACUUAUAAUAAAAUCACUGUCAUUGAUCCACAACAAAAUGACGAUCUGGGUGACAUAAUGGUUAUCAAAUCUAUUGAUAGCUAUGUGUUUUGCGGUUAUGAAGCGAAUACAAUUGUUGUGUGGAAAGAGGACUGUAUUAUUAAUAUGUUAAAUUUUCCAGAACUAGAAUGUUUGAUAGCAUUAGAUGUGGAUUCUAAUGUAACUAAAGGUAUUUGUGCUGGUAGUUCAAAUAUGAUAAACUCAUUUCAUAUUGAAAACGAUCAACUUCAUUUUAAAAAAAGUAUUAAGAUUACAAAUCCAGGUGUUAACACCUUACAAGUGAGACCUGAUAAUAAAAUAGUUGCUGCUGCUUGUUGGGAUCAUAUGGUAAGAUUAUUUUCUUGGAAGUCCAUGAAACUGUUAGUGAUUUUAGAUUCUCAUUCCACUGGAGUCUUAAAUAUCGUGUACUCUGAAUCACGUGAAACAUUUUGGAAAGCCAAAUACAUACUUGCCAUAGCAAAUAAAGACAACAGGAUCACUCUAUGGGAUGUCUACAACUAAUAAAAUAGUAAUCAAUAAUACGCUUAUCAGUUGUUUAUUGAAGUUAAUCAGAUAAAAUCUGUUUUUAAUGUUUAAAAAUCAAAAGAAUAAUUGAUUACUGACUUCAAAGUUCAUAAACUGUAGAAAUUAUUAAUUAGUAGUCAGUCAUAAUUAUUGCUUUCAAAUAUCUUCAAUUUGCUAUUGCAUAGUUAUCAAAUUAAUUUUUUAUAUUUCAAUAAAUUGUAAAACCAUUAAAAAUAUUUGAAUUUAUUACAGAUUUCUGAAAUAUGAACUAAGAGUAUAAUUAUCUUUGAAAUCAAUAAUAAGUCAUUAACAAGUUGAAAAAGGUAGUCUAAGAAUUAGUUUGAGUAUAAAAAAAGUUUUAGUUUGAGGUGAUCUGUAACCUAUCAAAAGUUAAAGUUUUCUAAGUUUUCAAUAAUGCCUAAAAUAAAGGGAAAUUUAGUAAUCUAAAUCAUUUAUUUGAUUUGAUAUAUAUUUUUGUGUGUAUUUAAUUUAAUACCUGCCUGUAUUUAAAAG